GUAUAAAUACAAAGAUGAUCAAAGUUAAGGGCAUCAGUUGGUUUAUAAUCCAUUGCAGUGAAUGUGUGCGCCAUAAAAACGCAACAGAAGAAAAAAAUAGUGUCUCACAGCCAAGGAAGUCAUAAUAUUUGAUUGCUUAAACAAAAAAAAUGUGCAAAAUUAUGUUGCUAAUCUCCUUCGUCAUUACUGCCCUGUUGGCUACGGUGCAAGGAAACGCUGACUCCACUAUAACCCGUUAUACCAGCCAAGUGAACAUCGAUGGCUCCUACAGUUUCGACAUUGCCCAAUCGAAUGGCGCCGAACAUCGCGAGGAUGGCGUAGGUGGACAGUAUGCUCAGGGAUAUUUCCGUCACUACUCGCCGGAAGGCAAAUUCGUGCAAAUUAUUUACGCAGCCGAUGAGAAUGGCUAUCAGCCGCAAUCGGAUGUGCUCCCCACGCCACCACCGGUGCCCGCACACAUACAACGCGCAAUCGAGUACAUCCGCGCACACCCAACACCCGAAGAGUUGGCCGAUCAACAGGUGCGCGCACGACAGCUGUAAACUGAGCACGUUGAGAUAUACAGAACCAAAAUGAGUCCGAAUUGUUUUAAUGAGUCUGAACACUUGUGCCGUUUAUGAUUUUUUGUAGUAAAAACGGUAAAUACUAUAAUGUAUUAUGCGUAAUUAGCUGAAAUGUCGGCUUGUGGUCGAAUUCAUUAAGACAUAUACUUUGUACCUUACUAAUUGUUGUAGAAAUUUAGAAAAAAUAUUAGCUUUAAAAUUUGUGCAAUAAAUAUAAUAACACCGAAAAAA